AUGCCUCCACUUACUAAAAAUGACGAAGUUAUAUUUGGUAAAAACUCCGACCGGCCCCAGAAUGAAGUUCAAGAAGUAAUAUACGUGAAAGAACGAGCUCGUUCUUCUAAAUUAAAGUGCACUUAUAUCACGAUUGAUGAAAGCUAUAAUCCAAUAAACAGUGUUAUACUAAGUAAGCCUGCUUGGAUGUGGGGUGCUGAAAUGGGUGCUAAUAAUAAAAAUGUUGUUAUUGGCAAUGAGGCCGUUUGGACGAACAAUAAUGAGGGGGAGGGAGACGCCCGGCAGAAAAGACUGCUAGGCAUGGAUUUAGUCAGGUUGGGCCUGGAGAGGGGCAACUCCGCCGACGAAGCGCUGGACGUGAUCAUCCAACUCCUGGAGAGGUACGGCCAGGGGGGGCCUUGUUCCGAAUUCGACGACAGCCAUUUCUACCACAACUCGUUCUUGAUAGCCGACUGCCAUAUAGCCUGGGCACUGGAGACCAGUGGUAAGAUGUGGGCCGCCCAAAGGAUCACCAAUGGAUUCAAAAACAUAUCCAACGGCCUGACCAUAAGGUCCAAAAUCGAUAGGCACUCGGAGGGGCUGCUAGAGAAGGCGCAAGCUAUGGGCCUGUGGAGCGGUAGGCGCGUGGCUACUGUCCCGCCUGGUAAUCGAAGAUGCCUUACUUGGCAAAUGCGCGAGCUCGAAAAAAUCGGCCAGUUCGACUUCACCGAGUGCUUCUCCGCCGGCGGCGACGAGCGACGGCUGAAGAUAGGCGAGCGCCUCCUCAGGCAGGGCAGCGCCACGGGCGCCUUCGGUGUCAGGGAGAUGUUCAGCGUGCUCCGCAACAAGAGCAGCGGCAUCUGCCGCGGCCCCGAGGACACCUUCCCGACGCAGGGGAGCCAGGUGUCCACUUUGUCUGCUCGCGCAUUGUGCGUGCACUGGUUCACCGCUACACCGGAUCCCAGCGUCUCCUACUUCAAGCCUUUCAUCUUCACGCCCAACGCUCAGGUGUCGCUGAUGACCGCAAGCCCCAACGAGCCGGGCUGGCAGCAUCAGCUGUACAAGCUGCACGCGCAGCACCUGCAGAGCGGCCACAAGAACGCGGUGGGGCGGAUCCUGCGCGACCUUGAGAGGGGCUGCCUCUCCGAAAUCGAGGAGUACGACGGCGACCCGACCACCGCCAGCGACCUGGACUGCCUGAUGGUGAAGUGCACGGAGGCGGAGGCGAAGCUGUAUGGGCACAACGCCCCGGGGACGGUCGUAGAGGAGUUCUCGUUU